CAUUUCCAAAUCUACAGGAUCUGUUUUAAAUCACUCAGAAGACAACGUAUCCACAACACUGCUGGACAUUUACGCAUUAUAUUCCCUUUCUUAAAUUAUCCCCCCUCAGCUUCGCGAUACCGCCCCCAAUUUCAGUGUCGGUACGGAGCCGCCAGGCCGGGACAGAGACGGAGAGAGAGCCCUCGGCCAUGGAAGCGCUCGGACCCGGCCCGCCGGCCCCGCCCUCCCUCUUCCAGCCCCCACGGAGGCCUGGCAUGGGCACCGUGGGGAAGCCCAUCCGCCUGCUGGCCAACCACUUCCAGGUGCAGAUUCCCAAGAUUGAUGUCUAUCACUACGAUAUCGACAUCAAGCCUGAGAAACGGCCAAGGAGGGUUAACAGGGAGGUAGUGGACACAAUGGUUCGCCACUUCAAGAUGCAGAUCUUUGGUGAUCGACAGCCGGGCUACGACGGGAAGAGGAACAUGUACACGGCCCAUCCACUACCCAUCGGGAGAGACAGGGUGGAUCUGGAAGUAACUCUGCCGGGGGAGGGUAAGGACCAGAUGUUCAAGGUGUCUCUGCAGUGGGUGUCAGUGGUGAGCCUGCAGAUGCUCCUGGAGGCCCUGUCAGGCCACAACGAGGUCCCCGAGGACUCUGUUCAGGCCCUGGAUGUCAUCACCCGCCACCUGCCUUCCAUGAGGUACACCCCAGUGGGGCGCUCCUUCUUCUCCCCUCCGGAGGGCUACUACCACCCCUUGGGCGGAGGGAGGGAGGUGUGGUUCGGCUUCCAUCAGUCGGUCCGUCCUGCCAUGUGGAACAUGAUGCUCAACAUCGAUGUCUCCGCCACUGCUUUCUACCGUGCCCAGCCCGUGAUUGAGUUCAUGUGCGAGGUGCUCGACAUCCAGAACAUCAACGAGCAGACCAAGCCACUCACCGACUCCCAACGCGUCAAGUUCACCAAGGAGAUCCGAGGUGGGUGGGGACCUGCAGGUCUGAAAGUUGAGGUCACCCACUGUGGUCAGAUGAAGAGGAAGUAUCGCGUGUGUAAUGUCACUCGCCGCCCCGCCAGCCACCAAACGUUCCCCUUACAGCUGGAGAAUGGCCAGGCCAUGGAGUGUACCGUGGCUCAGUACUUCAAGCAGAAGUACAGCCUACAGCUGAAAUAUCCCCACCUGCCCUGCCUACAAGUGGGACAGGAACAGAAGCACACCUACUUACCCCUGGAGGUUUGUAACAUUGUGGCCGGGCAGCGCUGCAUCAAGAAGCUGACAGACAACCAGACCUCCACCAUGAUCAAAGCUACAGCACGUUCUGCACCCGACAGGCAGGAAGAGAUCAGCCGACUGGUCAAAAGCAACAGCAUGGUGGGCGGUCCCGACCCUUACCUGAAGGAGUUCGGAAUCGUGGUGCACAACGACAUGACAGAGGUGACGGGCCGAGUCCUCCCAGCACCCAUGCUGCAGUAUGGGGGCCGGCUUAGUACCGACACUGGGCGGGACUGUGGCAGGGGACUCUCUCCGCAGAACAAGACAGUUGCCACGCCUAACCAGGGCGUGUGGGACAUGCGGGGGAAGCAGUUCUACGCCGGGAUCGAGAUCAAGGUGUGGGCCGUGGCCUGCUUCGCCCCACAGAAACAGUGCAGAGAGGACCUGCUCAAGAGCUUCACAGACCAACUGAGAAAGAUCUCGAAGGAUGCCGGUAUGCCCAUCCAGGGCCAGCCGUGUUUCUGUAAAUACGCCCAGGGAGCGGACAGCGUGGAACCCAUGUUCAAACACCUCAAGCUGACUUAUGUGGGACUGCAGCUUAUCGUGGUCAUCCUGCCUGGCAAAACCCCUGUCUACGCGGAGGUGAAGCGGGUAGGAGACACUCUCCUGGGCAUGGCCACUCAGUGUGUCCAGGUGAAGAACGUGGUGAAGACAUCCCCCCAGACCCUCUCCAACCUCUGCCUCAAGAUCAACGCCAAGCUGGGGGGCAUCAACAACGUCCUGGUGCCCCACCAGAGACCCUCUGUGUUCCAGCAACCCGUCAUCUUCCUGGGGGCAGACGUCACUCACCCUCCAGCCGGCGACGGCAAGAAGCCCUCCAUCGCGGCGGUGGUGGGCAGCAUGGACGGCCACCCCAGCCGCUACUGUGCCACGGUGCGCGUGCAGACGUCGCGCCAGGACCUGUCCCAGGAGCAGCUGUACAGCCAGGAGGUCAUCCAGGACCUGACCAACAUGGUGCGCGAGCUGCUCAUCCAGUUCUACAAGUCCACGCGCUUCAAGCCCACCCGCAUCAUCUACUACCGCGGCGGCGUGUCCGAGGGCCAAAUGAAGCAGGUGGCGUGGCCAGAGCUGAUUGCCAUCAGGAAGGCCUGUAUCAGCCUAGAGGAGGACUACCGACCGGGCAUCUCCUACAUCGUGGUUCAGAAACGCCACCACACCCGCCUCUUCUGCUCAGACAAGACCGAGAGAGUUGGAAAGAGUGGCAACGUCCCAGCCGGAACCACGGUGGACAGCACAAUCACCCACCCCUCCGAGUUUGACUUCUACCUGUGCAGCCAUGCUGGGAUCCAGGGCACCAGCCGGCCCUCCCACUACCAUGUCCUGUGGGACGACAACUGCUUCACGGCCGACGAGCUCCAGCUGCUCACCUACCAGCUGUGCCACACCUACGUCCGCUGCACCCGCUCUGUCUCCAUCCCCGCGCCAGCCUACUACGCCCGGCUGGUGGCCUUCCGCGCCCGCUACCACCUGGUGGACAAAGAUCACGACAGUGCGGAGGGCAGCCACGUGUCGGGCCAGAGUAACGGUCGGGACCCCCUUGCCCUGGCCAAGGCAGUCCAGAUCCACUAUGACACUCAGCACACUAUGUAUUUCGCCUGAGCCACGUGAGCAAUGUGUGCAGUUCUGUCCUCUAUCUCCUCUCUCUCUUUUUGCCAGUCUUUCUCUAUCUUUGUCUUGCGUCUUGAUGUGCACCAAAGCGGUUCGAAGCCAGUGAAGUAUGCCAGUGGAGUAUUUUCCUUUUUGGGAAAAACGACAUCCGGCGUUCCCGAUCGAAGCCGCCCUCUACCAGCAAUCCGGCACCGAGAGACCGUUGGGGUUUCCGAUGCACAGAGAAAACAAACAAAAAACACAAGUUGAGCCAUUUUUUUUUUUGGAGGGGGUUGUUUGUUUUUUGAACGUCUCUUGCUUUUGAAAGAUACACUGAGUAAUGGAGCGGACUGACGCCAAUUGUCAGUGGCAGCUCUUAGCUCUCCCAGCUAAGCAGGACUACUUUUUACCUCAAAGCCCUUUCAGGGCGAAAAUCUGUCAAGUUCUUGGGUUGGGGGGGUCAUGGGGGGUUUGCAUGGAAACAUGGGUGGAGAGGAUCUUUUGAGAAUGAUAUAUUUAUAUAUGUAUAUUUUUUUUCUUUUAUGAUCGUGUUUUAACUUUCUCCUUUUCUUCAGUCUUUUACAAGCGAGGUCACCUGGGUAUCCAUACCCAUUAGUCUUCUCCCAUUUAGUGAAGAAUUAAGUGCUUGAGUGUGUGUGUGUGUGUGUUUGUUCGUGUGUGUGCGUGUGCGUUUGUGUAUAUACGUGUGUGUGUUUCAUGGCAGGCCACUGAAUUGUAAAGGGAAAAUCAAUAACUGCUGUAAAUGCCUCAGAUUUGAUGUUUUUUUUUUAUAUAUUCACACAUGACAUAUAUAUAUAUAUAUAUAUAUAUACAUAUUUGCAUCUAUAGAACGGAUUGAACUAUACAGGCUUCACAGAGGCCGGUGGGUGUAUGUGUAGCAGUAGCAACCGUGGUUUAGCCGAUGUGACUGACUCUGCAUUGGGACCUAUUGAAUGGUUGAGAGCUUUUGCGGGGUUACGGCAUUGGGCUAAGCCGCCUUAUUUGGUGCCCCAUGUGAGGAAGGGGAUUCAUCCCUUAAACCUGUUUGUCUGAAUGGUUAUGACAUUGUUAGGGCGGCGCAUGGUUUUUUAGCAAGGCGCUAGUCGUCUGAAUUUUUCGGGGGCGGAAAACCCAUUCGCUUAACUUUUGAGGUCUCCUUUGCUACCGGCCAAUUCAUUGCACUGACCCGGGACGCUAGGCAAGCAACAGAGGGCACACUCUCUUACCUUUUUUUUAUGCAUUUAUACAUCAGAAUCAAAAAUCUGAAUUUGUAAGAGUUUAAUAUAAAACCGUUUUGUGGCUAAUCUUAACUGUUGUUCAGACUUAGUAGUUAGAUUUGAUGUUGUUAUCUACGAUUAUGAUAAUUAUCAGACUGGCAGCAAUCGGAUGUGUAGUUAUUAGAUCAGGGUAAGAGUGGUUGGGUUUAGAUUUGCACACUUUGGUAGCAUUCUGGCCUACGGUGGAGGGAGGCCCAAGGUGUAUCGGUUUAUGCUCCCUUCUGCUCCUCAGUGAUGUAGUAGGGAAGGGUUUGGCUGUGUUCUCCAGUAGGAAAGAUCUCUGUUGAGCUAUCACCGUUACCCCAGACUGGUAAAACAGGAGGCAGAAGAGUACUGUUGGCAGCAGGGGAUUUCGGUUCGAAAUGGAAGAAAGGUGACAAUCCAAGCUGGCAUUAGGAAGAAACUGGGACCGAGCGAGUGGUAAAAAGAAGUAUGCAAUAGGCAAUGAGUAGAAUUUUUAGAACUUCAUAAUGUGUAUCUAUGACUGUUUGUGUGUAUUUGAACAAGUAUAUCUAUUCAAGUCUAAACUUUUGGUGUUUUAAAUUUUUUUUUUAAACAAGGUUUUGAAAACCGGAUAUGAAUUGACAUAAAGCAUAAACACUGCCCAUGGACCUAAGAACACCUGACCAGUCACGACCACGGUUAAAGAUCCUAUUUAACCAGUCGUGGUUAAGGUUAUUGCCGUGCAAGACUGCGGUGAGGAUGGGGAGGGGGGGGUCGACUGCGGUGCACCCACCUCGCCAGGGGGGUCGGCUCUGCGAAAAACCCUUUUGUAAUAAACCAUCCGUAAAGCAGCGGGUUUGCUAUGAAUGAGUUUGGGCCCCGGCCUGUCGAGGGCUUGGGCCCCGGCCUGUCGAGGGCUUGGGCCCCGGCCUGUCGAGGGCUUGGGCCCCGGCCUGUCGAGGGCUUGGGCGCCGGCCUGUCGAGGGCUUGGGCGCCGGCCUGUCGAGGGCUUGGGCGCCGGGCCUGUGGGAGCGAAGCAUGGUGGGGUUCCAGGCAUUGCAUGCAAUAAGUUUUGAGGGGUGGGGCUGAGCUGUUGAAGACGUGCACUAGUUUUCCUACGGGGAAAGGGGGCUGCAGAGAGCCAGGUGUUGUAGUCUGUGCCCCUCUGUGGGUGUGACCAGACUGGAGGAGUGUGCAGGAUGUGGGUGUGGUCUCCUAGCAGGGGAUCCAAAAGGCGGUGAUGACUCCUCAGUUUUGAACAUAUUAUCAUUGCAAAGCAAUAUGAACUCUAAAUCCAGUUUUCGAAUGUGUAAAAAUGUAUAAUUCUUCUUGUCGACGUGGCUGUUGGUCUGCUCUCUGUCGCCGUUUCUGGAACUAGUUUUUUUUUUGUUGCCUGUAUCAAUCAGUGGGAAUGUGCAUUCGGUGGACUAGCUCUUUAGGCACUGAGAAAAAAGGUCAAAACAUUUAGACUUUUCUCACCUGCAUGCCAGAGUAUUGUCCCUAAAAAUAAAAUUAAAAAAUAUUAAAAAAUAAACUCUUUUAGAAUCAAGCGAGACAGAAGGAGAAGAAAUAUUGGGUAAAUGUAUAUGAAUUUAGUGAGACUGUUUUAGGCUAGCAAUAUUGUCCAGUCUCUUCAAGAUGUUUUUGAAAGAUUCGUACACAAAUGUCAGUAAAAAAAAAAAAAAGAGGCACAGGCCACUGGAGGUUGAGCGUUCGAGCCUUUGCAUCGUGACCCGAAGACAAACGAGGUACUUUCUUCAAACGUGGGCCCGGUAAAGACUUGACCGCUCGCCCCCUCACAGGCCCCAGUGUAGCGUCCAUUUAGGCCUCCACUUCCUGGUUUGUGCCCCUGCCACGCCUCUCGGGGCUCCCUAGUCUCGUGGCGCCACCCUGCUGGCCACCCACACAAGCACAUUUCCUCUCUGUGGGGGGCCUCGCCCAAGGCGUCCACAGCCACAGGAAUACCUCUUUUUAACAUUUUUAACGAUCCAUUCUUUCUGUGCCCCGUUUGAAAGAGAGCAUGAUUUAUUUUUUAAUUCCUCUUUGAUAUGUCUACAGAUUUGUUAUUUGACAUUGUAAGUGUAAGUACAUUUUUUUUUAGUUCUUUAUUCUCGUGUGUAGCUCUGCUGUUUUCUGCUAGUGUUCUGAGCUGUGUGACUGUCCAACAGCAAUAGAACAGUACCCUGUCUGACCUGCUGGGGAGGGGUGGGGCUUCCUCAGGCCCCUCCCACAAGGGUGCCCAAUCACUUGCUGUAUUGCUAUGUGACAUGUUUUAAACUUUUUUUUUUUAGCCUGCAGGGAAUAUUUGUGUUAUUGUGUAAAGUAAUAAAUUGGUAUUUUAUGCCUAUAUCAUA